CUCUUACACUUGUAUUUACCCCGGGGGAAAUUGUUGUUAUCAUCUUCAGAAAUGACGAAUUUGGGCAAUAUUGGGCUUUCCGCCUUAACUGCAAAGAACGAAAAUACUCUGGCUCUAGCCAACUUGAACUUUGAUUUCUCCCUCUUCAAGAUUGAAGCGCCCGCGCAGUUUCAGCCAUUAGGCAACACAUUGUCUCCAGGUCGUCGGACGGCUGCAGAGACUGGCGCAGCUCACAGAACAGCGCGGAAGCUUGGGGCGUUGUUUGAGCAGGUCGUAACGAUUCCGGACCAGCUCUUUGUCGCAUAUGGCACGCGCGUCUCGGAAAUUUCCAAGUCUGGGGCCAUCAGCUCAGAGAAGAGGAGAAAAUAUGGAGUCUUCUCAGGCCAUGUGGGUGCUGAUGGCACAAGCAUUUGGGCAGCGGCCACAUCUGGCAAGUCAGCCAUGGCAGUCAACUUGCUGGCAUGCAUGUUAGCACGCCUGUGGAGCUCCUCCGAGGCAAUCUCGAUCUGGGUCGAGCUCGUCGACGCUCGAAAGAGGCGGAUCGCAGAGCAGUGCGAUGGUAGCGAGCCGUCGCACGUUGUGCAGAUGGCCGCGGCUCAACAGGAGGUCACCCGAAAGGACUUGGCUGAAUGGGACGCAAGUGCACGUUCCUGGAUCUCCUUUGCGGACAAGGUCAAAGAAGCCGAGCACAAGAAAAUGGAGGGCGUUCUGCAGGGCAUUGACCUGCCUGUCGACAACAGCACCGAUGUAUACAAAAGCGUCAUGCGGGCCUGGGAUAAUGCAAUGUCGGCAAUGGGUAAACUCUUGCAGGGCAUGCCGCAGCUCGUCAAUGGAGCAGUGCUGAUUGCUAUGUCGGCGUGGCACCUUUAUCCUGACGUCGAGAAGUUCAGCACCCGCGCGGAGUGCGUCUAUUUCGGCGAUCAGCUCAUCCCACAAGGCGGCCACGUUACCACCGGCCUCGAAUACUACAAUGACGAGGAUUCACGCGGUAUCUACUGGUCUCUAUCUCUUGGUCACCUCAGAUUUUAUGGUGACCCGGUUGUCUCGACCGUCAGCUCUAUAGACGAGUCCAAGGUGUCUUUUGACGACUUCACCUUGGUCGUUCUUGGUGGCUUGUUAGGUCUGUGG